AUGACUUACCUAUUGGGGAAACUGAAAAAGCGUAUUAAUACGUUAAAUAAAACCACUCUGCAUUUUCCAGCGGAACCGCCCCCGUUAGUGAACGUGACCGUCCACGCGUCAACUAUCCUGGCCAUCAUUUUGUGGAACGUGGCUGGUGACGGUGGCCACCCAAUCAUAGACUUCACCGCGCAGUACCGCUCCGCGAUGCCCGUCAACGGCACCCUGGAGGCCUGGAGACCGAUCAGUCCCAACCAUAUCAGCCCAAACUCGCGCCAAAUAGACGUGUACCAUUUGGAGCCGAACGCGUCUUACUGGUUUCGGGUCUGGGCUAACAAUGUCCUAGGGCCUGGACCUCCUGUCGAGGUUCUUGCGACUACUCUCUACAGCGAUCAGGAAGCUGAAUUAUACAAACACUUCCUGGAGGGCGCUGAGACGUUCGACACGCGGACGUGGGUGGCCGCUGUGUGUGUUGUGAUGGGCACGCUCGCUGUACUAGCAGCGGGUACUUGCGCGGUUCUAUGCCGCGAGUGGAGACGCUCAGUAGACUAUACUGAAGACCAGGACGUUAUAGAAUUAGUGCCUAACAUCAUACUUAACCCUGGUUUUAUGGAGAGCGACCCGGUGAGGCCUAAGGAACAGAUCAUCAAGUCCGCGGAAUGCCCCGGCCCGGGUAAACCCAGGCGUGUUUGA